UCCUCAGCCCCAGAAGCUGCGUUUCGUUCGCUUCGCUGUCCGCUACAUGCGGCGCCUUUAAAAGCCUCGGCUCUGGCAACACGCGGUUGGUUGGACGGCCGGACAGGUUGUAAACCGGGUUUAGACAAGCCGUCCAGGUUGUGCGGAGUCCAGGUUCGGUCAUUGUGGUCGUCUGGAUUUUGAAGCCCCCGCCCCCUCCCAUGAUGGGGUCCGUUAUAUCAGAGGAAAUUUGGAGGAAACUCCGUCCGCGAGAGGGAUGACAUGUAAUGGCCCCAUUUUGGAGGAUCCCGCGCCAGACAUGGCUCAGUUGGCUUCCAGGCAAGAAACUUUUGCCGGUUUCCCAAGUCGCUGCCCCGUUUCUUCCUCGGACCUAGCCCAGGCCGGCUUCUUUUACACGGGAGAAGGAGACCAAGUCCGAUGCUUUAGCUGCCUUGCGACCCUCGAAGGAUGGGAAGAGGGGGACUCGGUGGUUGGAAAGCACAAAAUCGUCUCUCCCAACUGCCACUUUAUCAACGGCGCCGACUUCGAAGAGGGGCGUCCGCUUUCCGGGCUGCCAAAUGGACCCCCUGGAAGAGAAGCCCCCACUUCCAUCCUGCCCGAUUCCGAUCUUUCUGAUUUCGAGGCCGAUUACUUGUUGAGAACCAGGCAAGUGGUGGAUCUCUCGGGAUCUCCGUAUCCCCAAAACCCGGCCAUGUGCAACGAAGAGGUCCGGUUGAGAUCUUUCCAACACUGGCCUCGUUACGCGCCGGUCACCCCGGAAGAUCUGGCCAACGCGGGGCUCUAUUACCGAGGGGUGGAGGACGAAGUGGAGUGUUUUUGCUGCGGGGGGAAGAUGAAAAACUGGGAACCGGGCGACCAGGGCUGGUCGGAACACCGUCGUCAUUUCCCGAGAUGCUUUUUCGUCCUCGGGCACGAUGUUGGGAACGUGGCCCAUCCGCCAGGGGACGGGCAGCAGGACAGAAGCAGCGCGCAACGGGUGCCUCCUCUUCCUCCUCCCCUUCAUAACCCCUCCAUGGCAGAUUUUGCAAAGCGCCUCCAGACCUUUGGGGCGUGGAGUUACUUGGUGAACAAGGAGCGGCUUGCUCAAGCUGGCUUUUACAGUCUAGGUAUCAUCGACAGCGUCGAAUGCUUCUCCUGCGGUGGAGGGUUAAAGGAAUGGAAGGCAGGUGAGGAUCCGUGGGAGGAACAUGCAAGAUGGUAUCCCGGGUGCAAAUACCUGGGAGAAGAAAAGGGACAAGCUUUUGUGAACAGCGUUCAUUUAACGCCUUUGCCCCAGGAAUCAACUACAGAAGAGCCUGAGAAAGUUCUAACUAUUGAAGACGAAGAGCUUCUGCAAAGCCAGGCGGUCCAGAGCGCGUUGCAAAUGGGAUUCAGCGCGGAGGAAAUUAGCCAAACGGUGGAGAGGAAGGCGCACCUUUCGGGCGAGCGCUACCGAUCGGUGGAGGCGCUGGUCACGGACUUAAUCAGUGCCCAGAGGGAUAAUACCCCCAGCGCCCACUUAGAAAACCAUCUGCAGAAAGAUCUCAGUACAGAAGAGAAGUUGAAACGCCUGGAGGAAGACAAAAUCUGUAGGAUCUGUAUGGAUAAGCUUCUUUCCGUGGUAUUCAUUCCUUGCGGACACCUGGCUUGCCAAGAAUGCGCGGAGGCGGUGGAGAAAUGCCCCUGGUGUUGCAAGGUUAUUGCACACCGGCAGAAGGUCUUCAUGCCCUAAUGGGAAGGGCCGGUGGCGAGGGAUUCCAUGAAAACAAAACCAACAACUCCCCCCCCCCCCCAAAAAAAUCCGAACGCCGGCCCACAUCCACCGGUGUCACCUCCGAAAUGGAUUUAGCUCUUGAAUUGGAUGCACAGGGGAGGGGGGGGGGGUUGCGUGGUAUGAAUCGGGCAAGAGAAAGGAUUUUCCAUCCUUCUAUUGAAUUAGAGGCGCUUUUAAUCGGGGCGCCCGAAUUGGAGAGAGUCUCGCGAUCGGGUGUUAAAAUGUCGGGGCUGGAAUCUUUUCGGGUGUUUUUGUCAUGUUUUCAAAGGUGGAGAAAUAUCUUGCAACUGUUGGGGUUCUGGAUGGGUUUUUUUUUUUUUUUAAAGGUUUCUUUUCCCCCCCCCCUCCCCCCUUGUAGAGUUUAUCACCGAACCUGCAAAAGUGCACCCAGAACUGGACGGGUUCGAGCAGCUCUUGUCGACUUUACGAUCUGCGGGCUUCCAACUCCCAGCAUUCUCGGCUGCGGAAUUCUGGGAGUUGAAGUCCCACAGGUCAUGAAGUUGCCCUCUGCACUCACUGAAUAGUUUUCACACCUCGCCAAAGGCCCUUUUCUCUCCCUUAAGGUUCUUUAGAGCCGCUGAACUUGCUCCCCAUCUCCCCAGUCUGAAAGUUGCGUUCUUUUCAUUGUGCUUGCCUGCCAUGCCAACAACUCCGCCCAUCCCUUUUCCAGUCCGAAGUGGUAUAAGCCAGACACGCGAGGCCAACACAAAAAGCUGGAUGACAAAAAGGGUGUGAAGAACGAUUGUAGAACAAGAGAAGAGGUAGACCUUGUACGUUGCUGAUUUCUCCAUCCGUUCAAAGGGUAGAUUUUUCUUUUUCUCCCAAGGGCAGCAACGCCGAUAGCUCUGUUUUACGAACCCAAUCCCCUUCCCUUGGGUUCUGUCUCUUGGAAAGGAGGUGCCAAUCCCACGGCUUCUUCGUUGCCCAGUUGCAGGAAAGAGGGAGGGGGGGAUACCCCUUUCUAUCCCACUUCAAAAGCUCACCUAGGUUUCUCGCGCGAACUCCACAGGUGGAGCAACCGGAAUCGCACAAACUAGGAUGGAAACCUGACUUUUUAAGUUUCACCUUUCGGUUUUCACAAAGGCACUGCGUGUAACUGAUGCUUCGGGAUCCAAAUGUCAGCGGCAAAAGUCCCCGUGACCCGACAAAAGCGCGCCGACAAAACCGCACCGACAAAGCCGCGACGUCAAAAGCGCGCCCCACAAAAGCGCAAUUAGGAUUAGGGUUAUAACGUUUUCGCAUCCCACUAUGUUGUUCGUUGAUGGCGGGAUUUUGACAUCGCGUUUUUGUCGGCGCAGUUUUGUCUAGCGCGCAUUUGUCAGUGAACCAAAGUCCCGACUUUGGACAACGAGGCACAGUUGGUCGGGCAUUUCCUUGUUCCUUUCCCUCUGUAGAUUCGUCCGAUGGAUGAAGCAGAGUUUUUGAGUUUUUAAUCAUUUAUGGGUAGAACCGAGCUGCUGUUCUGCCCUAUAGCGGAUUUCCCCCCCUGAAAUAAAAGGAUGCAUCAGGUAGAUGAUUGAUGUCGGGUCUAUGUGGCUUUGAGAAAACACUCUGAUAAGCGGAGGGAAUGCCUGAGAAAUGGAUGCCACCCUUUAAUUCAGGAGUUAAGGUGGUCUUUGUUUCCCCCCCCCCUUGCAUUAGAUACUAAUGUUUGGUAGCAAAACAUAAAAACCGAAUGCCACAUUAGUGGAUUUUGAUCCCUGUUGCCUCUUUAUGGAGGAAAGAGUGAAGAGCGGGGAACACAUUGAAAUAAGAGAAGAAGAAAUGGGAUGUCUGGUUUUUUAAAUUCUACUUCUUCGCCUUCCUGAAAUUGCUUGUAGGGAUUAUUGUUAGGAUGCAAAAAAAAAAAAUCAUCUCUCCAGCAGCCGAGGAUAAUAUACCCCCUUUUCGAGAUUAAAAUAUUCCUCCUCUUCCUCAUUUGGGGCUUCCCGAUCAGGGAAAUAAAUCCCACCUGCUUUCCUAGUAAAUAAAUCCAUAUUUUUGCUACUCCUAUCUCGCUUAAAACGAUCUAGCUCUCUUCGACCUUAUUCGUUUCUUCCUUUUUAAAAAACAACCGCGGCAUUUUUUAAAAUUUAUUGACAUAUUUAUUUUGAAAACUUGUUUUUUUAAAAAAACCACUUUUCGUGGCACGAAGCGAGAUGGCUUGAAGCAGGUGUCACAAUGGAGCACGGGGUGGGGGGGGGGGAAGGCUUUUUAUGUGGUCUCUUUUGUAAGAGUUGUGGGUGCAGGAAGCCGCUCUUGUCGUUUUUGGCUUUGUGCUUGUUAAAACACUACAUUUCCCUUCACAGCCCAAAGGGGUGGAUUUACAACUUCGGCUGACACUUUAUGGCGAUUGCAGGGGAAACCAGAAGCUGACAGUUUGAACUUCAUUCGGAAUGCUGCUAAAAAAUCACACACACACAACUUCCUUUCCAACUAGCAAAACCAGAUAGUUUUAAGGAAGGGUGGGUGGGUGGAGAAUGCUUUAAGGACCUGGAUGGUGCCAGUUUUUAUUUUUUUUAAAGUCUUAAUUUGAUUUGGAAGGGGGGGGGGAGUUUCCCUGAUCUGCCCCACUUAUUUUACAGUUAUUUAUAAGCGGCAUAAUUUGAAGGGGAUCUAACACAGCUCUACCUCCCAUGGCCAGAUCUCCCAUUGCCAAUUAAAACAUGGCAAAGAGGUUUGUGUGUGUGUGGAGGGGAGGGGGAACGACUCAACUGUUAUCACCCCCCCACACACACAUACACAUCUUUGUGGGUUUUGUUUUAAACCCUUUGUUCACUUAAAGCAGUGGUUCCCAAACUUGGCAACUUUAAGACUUGUGGACUUCAACUCCCAGAAUUAUCCAGCCAGCAGGAGAAUUCUGGGAGUUGAAGUCCACAAGUCUUAAAGUUGCCAAGUUUGGGAACCACUGACUUAGAGAAUAGCAAGGACUUGUUUUACAUGGGAAGCUGGGGUGGGGGUGGGGGGUGCUGUUCUUCACGACAAGUCGACUUUUUUUUUCACCCCUUAAAAAAAAAAAGGUUCACAAAUGCAUCUGGGGAAGUUUUAGGAGCUAUGCAUACGUUGUGUGUAAUGCAACACGGAAACAUGGAAUUUUGGAAACUGGGUUGUAAAUGAUGACUGUUGCAGAGCAAAAAGAUAGAAAUUGUUGACUUGAGAAAUUAUAUUCCAACGUGUUAAGAAAGAUUUAUUUUUUUAGAUGUACUACAAGGACUUAAUAUAAUCAUAGAAUUGUUUUGCAGUUAAAACUCAAGUGACUAUUUUUAAUAAAGUGAUUUAUUAUUUUA